UCCUGCGUGUUUAUCACAUACUUCAUUGACCAAUUCUUGGUUCCUCUCUCUUGUUUCUCCAAAUUGUAGUUCCUAUUCCAUUCUUUUUUGGUUCUUGUACUUCUAUUUUUGUUUGAAGAAGAGGGGGUUGGGAUUUCUCAAUCAGUGCUUUUUGAGACUGAAACAGUAGAGACAAAUGGGAUCAUCGGAAUUGUCAGCUUUCUCGGGGGCGUCAUUUUCAUCGAGCAUAGGAGAUUCUGCGGAAUUUGACGUGGAAUUAACGUUGAAUGACAGGCUAAAAGUCUUCAAAACUUCUCAAUUUGAUUGCAAGGGCUACAUCACCUCAAAAUGCCAUGCCACGAACGAAAAGGAAAUAAGGCACUUGUACGCUUAUCUGGUAGAUUUAAAGAAGGCGUCUGCGGAGGAAAUGCGUAAAAGCGUGUAUGCUAAUUAUUCAGCCUUUAUACGCACAUCCAAGGAAAUUUCAGAUCUUGAAGGAGAGCUUCUUUCCAUGAGAAAUCUUUUAUCAACUCAGGCAGCUCUAGUUCAUGGUUUGGCUGAAGGAGUUGGGGUUGAUUCCUUGUCUGCUGAUUCCGAUAGUUCAACAAAAGAGGACACAUCUGAUGUUACACAUAAGGAACCUACUGACAUGGAAAAAUGGUUAAUAGACUUUGUGGAGAAUCUUGAUGUUUUAUUAGCUGAAAGGAGAGUGGAUGAAUCACUGACCGUCUUGGAUGAAGGGGAAAGAACAGCACAAGAAGCUAGUAAUAGGCAAACAUUGAGCCCAUCUGUUUUCUUAUAUCUGCAGGCUGCUAUUAAAGAAGGAAGACAGAAGUUGGCUGAUCAGCUUGCACAUGUUGCCUGCCAAACUUCUACCUCUGGUCUUGAGCUUCGUUCAACUGUUCAAGCCCUAAAGAAACUGGGGGAUGGCCCUCAUGCUCAUAAAUUGCUGCUUAAUUCUCACCAUCAUAAUUUGGUGAACAAUAUGCGUAUUCGCCCAUCAAGCACUUCAUAUGGAGGAGCAUUUACUGCUGCUCUUUCACAUCAUGUCUUCUCAAUCAUUGCCCAGGCAGCAAAUGAUUCCUUGUCAGUUUUUGGUGAUGAGCCAGCAUAUGCAUCUGAGCUUGUGACUUGGGCUGUCAAGGAGACCAAGGCUUUUGCUCUUCUGGUAAAGAGACAUGUUCUAGCCACUUCGGCAGCUGCAGGCGGUCUAAGACUUGCUGCAGAAUGCGUUCAAACAUGCUUGGGUCACUGUUCCUUGUUAGAAGCUCGCGGAUUAGCCCUUUCUCCUAUUCUGUUGAAACUCUUCAGGCCUUGUAUAGAAGAGGCACUGACUACCAACUUAAAAAGAAUUGAACAGAGCAGCUCUGCUCUAGCUGUUGUAGAUGAUUGGACACUUGUCUUACCACCAGCUGGUAUACGCCCUCUUGGUGCAUGGACAUCAUCUCUUGGUAGUGCGAUUGCAUCACAGCUAAAGCUUUCAACCAGUGCUCACAGAUUCAAUUCAAUGGUUCAGGAAUUCUUUGAGGAGGUAGGGCCCCUUGAGAGCUUGCAGUUGGGUGGUUCCACAUUGGAAGGUCUUUUACAAGUUUUCAACUCCUACAUCAAUUUGCUGAUACAUGCACUGCCAGGUACAAUGGAAACUGAGGAUAAUCUUGGUGGCUCUGGGCAUAAAAUUGUUCGAAUGGCAGAGACUGAAUCUCAACAAGUAGCUCUGCUGGCAAAUGCAUCAAUGCUAGCAGAUGAACUGCUUCCACGUGGCGCUAUGAAGCUUUCACCCUUGCACCAGACUGGUAGAAUGGACACCCCUGGAAGAGUUUCAGACAGGCAAAACCGAUUCCCCGAGCAUAGAGAAUGGAAGAGGAAGCUUCAACGUGCUGUUGAUCGAUUGCGAGAUAGCUUCUGCCGACAACACGCUCUUGAACUCAUCUUCACGGAAGAUGGUGAAAUCCGUUUGACUGCAGAGAUCUAUACAAGCAUGGAUGGAAGUACAAAUGAGCCUGAAUGGUUCCCAUCUCCAAUAUUUCAGGAAUUUUUUGCAAAAUUGACCCAAAUAGCAAGCAUUGCAACGGAUAUGUUUGUGGGAAGGGAAAGGUUUGCAACUAUUCUACUGAUGAGACUCACAGAGACAGUGAUCCUGUGGCUUUCUGAUGAUCAAAGCUUUUGGGGAGAGAUUGAGGCUGGGCCAAAGCCUUUGAGCACUUUUGGACUUCAACAGUUUUAUUUGGAUAUGGAGUUUGUGAUACUCUUUUCAUCCCAAGGUCGUUACUUAUCUCGUCAUCUGCAUCAAGUUAUCAAAAACAUCAUAGCUAGAGCCAUUGAUGCAUUUGCUGCUGCAACUGGAACAGACCCAUAUAGUGUGCUGCCAGAGGAUCAAUGGUUUGCUGAGGUUGCUCAAAUAGCUAUGAAGAUGCUGACUGGAGAAGCCAACUUUGGAAAUGUAGAUCAUGAUGCAACCAGUCCCACUGCAUCAAUCUUAUCUCAUGGGAGUACCUAGUUGUUUAACCAUUCAUCAUGAUGUGUAUAUCAUACAGAAAAGGACCUGUGUGCAUUAGAGACCGGGGGCAUGAAGCAACUUGGCCGCCAUUAAACCGAGUUCUUCACGGUUGGGUGUAUCCAUCUUCCUGAAUGCAUAACCAUGUCAAAUAUCCAGAACUGAAGCAUAGCCACAUUUCUCCGGGGGUUGGAAUCUUCUCUCACACUCCUUAGACCUGAAAAUUACAGUCGUCUUCAACAGUGGCAGCUUAUCACUUACAAUCCUGCAAUUCUACAAUGUUUUUGUAGUAGUACUUGUGAUUUUAUUUUUCUUUUUUUCUGUUUUUGACCUUUUGCUUUGAAAUGAAAAACAAUUUAUCAGAAGGGCAGAAAACAAUCAACUUGUGAAAUGGUAGGAAGCAUGAUGGCAAAAAUUGGUGUCUCCUUGUAUAAAAAAAUAGGGAAAAAAAAUGGUGUCUCCCCUGUAGUUACUGGCUGUUACAUUUUGUACAUCAAAAUAAUUUGAAAGUUAGUUCAUGCAGUGAUUUUUAA